UGAAAUAUGGAGUCAGGGGUUUGGGCUAUGGAGUUUGGAAUGAGCUAUGAUUGAUGAAUGAUGAUCGACUUAACGUUUACCAGUGACUUAAUUUUUAUUGUCAUUCGUCCGACUAACUGCUUCUAAGUGUUAUAAUAAUUAUUGUGUUUGAAGUUUAAAUUCAGCUUACGUUUUAAUGUUCUCAUGUGUUAUUGCUGAAAUUACACUUAAUGCUGUUUUCUGUUGGAUUCAAUUAGUAAUAAAUACAACUCUUCAGAAAAACUGAUGUUCCAACUUUAAUCGUACUUGUAAGUUGUACUAUAACACACGACUGAUCAAUAUGGAAGAGGAAAAAGUUGCUACUGAUGUUUCUGAAAAGCGUAAAGUUGAGGAUGAUAAUGUAAAUCCUAAACCUAAUCCUAAACGAAUUAAACUUGUCCGACCUGUAUUUUCACCAGUUGCCAAACCUCCAAUCUCCACAACCUCAGAAAUCGAUAAAUUAGAAGUUCUACCUACAGAUAUACCUAAAUCUAAUAUUAUACAAUCAACAGAAAUAUCUAAAUCUACUUCACAAUCAAUAGAAAUACCUAAAGCUACAGUACAACAAACAGAACUACUUAAAUUAAAUAAUUAUUCUGUUUCCAAAGUUCCAACUGAGGUUGAAGCUUUACAAUGUACUGAAAAAUCAGUUGAUCAACUAGAAAUAAUAAAAACAUCAAUUGCCCCAGAAGCUGUCAAAAAGCCUGCAGUCAUGAUUCACAGUCCUGAAGAACAAAUUGAUACCAGUUCUGAUGCUUUAUAUAUAAAAAAUAUGUUUAGUGAAGAGACAAAAAAAGAAUUGGAACAUUUAAAAAAAAAUAUUUUCAAGAUUGAUGAUGAUGGAUCAUCUUCAGAAAAUGAUAGUCAACCCAAGCGACCUCGAUUGAAGCGGCCGACCUUUGUUACAUCAACUGUGGAAGUUAAAAAUGAACCUACUGAUUCAAAAAUAUUUAAUAAAAUAAAUGAAACGUCUAGAUUAGAUUCAGUAAAAUCUGAUUGUGAAGAUAAUACUAACAAAAAUAUUGAAAAACCUAGUGAAAAAUUAUUAAGUGCUGAAGAAAAGAUUGACCAAGCAACAAAAAAUAUUAAUGAGGACGUAAGAUUAAAACAGUUAGGCCAAGUCAAAAUUUAUGUUGAAGAUAUAAUAAAGACACAGUCUAAUAAAAUUGCCAAUAUUAAUAGAGCUAAAGAAGAAAAAUCUACCGCAUUCAAUUCUGUUGUUAAAUUAGUUGAAAACAAAACUGAUGUAACAAAAAGCAUUGAAGUGGAUAAUGUUCAUGAUGUUGAUAAAACAAAGCCUAUCCAAAUAGAGACUAUUGCACAAGAAUUUACUGAUUUAAAAGAAAAGGAAAAUGUAUUAGUUGAGGAAAAAUCUAUUGACAAAAAAGUUAACUUAAAAGUUGAAGAACAAGAAUAUAUAGUAAAAGAAAAAUUAACUGAAGAAAAUAACCUUAGUAAAGUAACUUAUGAAAACUUUUCAGACUCUAAUAUUGUGAAAGAAAGUGUCAAUGACAACUAUAGAGUGGUUUUGGAAAGGUAUGUUGACAAACAAUGUAAAGCACAAGAUAAAAACCCUAGUCCAAUAAUUGAGAAACCUAAAGACGAAAAGUCUAUAGUAGAAACUAGUUAUGAAUGUACUAAUGAGUAUAAUAAAAGCAAUGAUGAAAUCAAUAGUGAAUGUAAUAUUAAUGAUAAAAUAAAAGAUAAAUUAUGUGAUUCAGAAUUAGAUAAUUCUCAAAAAGCUGAUGAUAUUACUUAUUUAGAAAAUAAAAAACAAAAAUCUCCUAAAAACAUACAUGUUGAAGAUGAAAAUAAGCAUACUACUAUUAUGUUAUCAAAUGAAGUACUAGGCAAUGAUAUAAAACAGAAUAACGAAGAAAAAGACUCUCAAAUGUUUAAAUCUGAUAUUUUAAAAGCAGCUCUUAUGUCAAAAAAAUCUCCUGAAUCACUUGGAAAUUCUUUGGAUGUUUAUGAUCAACCUUCUGCUAAUCUACCUGUGUUAGAAACUAAACAAAAUGAAAAUUUACCAAAACUGGGUCAAGACACUAUAGUUAAUAAAAUAGAAGCAGAAAUAAAUCUUGCUAUUAAAGAUCAGCCAACUAAAAUUAAAAAAUCACAAAAUAAGAUUCUUAGUAAUGUAACAGAAAUGUCUAAAGAAGCAUGUAGCUCUGUUUGUCUUGAUGAAAACGCAUCAGUUGGUAAAAUUGACGAGCCUCCAAAAUGGGGAUCAGCUAAAAUGAAUGAAGUAGAAAAAUUUUUAAAUGAUUCUAAUGUAACCAUUACUCCUAUUUGUAAGUCUCAAGAAUCACCCAAACUUGGUAAAAUAACAUUGAAAUUACCUAAAGUUGGAAAUCCAGAAAUUAAAUCUGAAACUACAGUUCGUCCAGAUGUUAAAUCUGAAUUGAUAAAAAAAAUCACAAAUAAGCAUAUUGCUAUGGGAGAUAGUCCUUUAAAAAAUGCUCUUUCUCAACCUUCUAAAUCUUUUAGUGACUUUGCUACUAUUAGACCUGCACCUAAACUUAGUGCUGAACAAAUAGCUCUUUUAGAACAACAAAUUUUAAAUACCCCCAAAAAGAGGGGUAGACCACCAAAAGCUUUGGCUCAACAAAAACAAUUAUUGUUAGAAUAUCAACAACAACAACAGUCAAAAGUUCAAGAAGGCAGUACUGAAAAUGAACCUAUUUUUCAUGUUCCAUUAUUUGAUAUGGAAGACAUGAGUGGAGGGACAGGAAUGUUUGAUUCAUUUGAAGCAUCAACACCAAAGCGAGGAAAGGGUAUUAGAGGUAAAGGUAGUCGUGGGCGAAGAGGUCGAGGAGGUCGUGGUGGUAGUAGUCGUGGCCGCGACGGAUCAGACAGUGAUACUGCAUCAAAUAGUAGGCGUAUAGAUGACGAAGGAGAAACUUUUCAUGAAGAAAUGAAUCAAGAGGAAGAAACCAAACAAGUAGCAAUGAUAGAAGCUGAACGACUUAGAAAAGAAGAAGAACGUGAAAGAAAAUUAGAAGCAAGGAAAAAGAAAAUAAAACUCCGUAAUGAUAUUUUAAAAGAAAAGAAAUUGAAAAAGAAACAAAGAGCAGAAGAAAGAAGACUUCAGUGGCAUGAGAAAAAAAGGCUUAUGCAAGAAGAAAAGGCCCGAGCCGCUGAGAUGAAAAAAUCUCUUCCACCACCUCAAAACUUUGAUGAUGAGACUCGUAUGAGUGCUGAUUGUAAUAAUAGUCUGUCCCAAUCUGCUAGGAAUUUCAUGAUGGGUGAUGAAGAUUUAUCUAUCAGUGGUACAAAUGAUAGUAUUAGAAUGAAGAAAGGAAGAAUGGAAGUCAUUGAUCUUGAAAGUAAUAAAACAUUAACGGUUGAUCAAAUUGCUGAAUAUCAAUGGCCAUUGGAAGGUGGAGAAUUGUAUAUGAUUCAAGAACAAAUAUCUAAUUUUUUGGGUGUUAAAUCAUUCAAAAGAAAAUACCCAGGAUUGAAGCGUCGUAAUGUUGAAGCUGAAGAACGAACAUUCUUAUGUGACAGUGGAUUGGUUGCUGAAUCAUUAUGUGAUCUUGGCUUAACAGUUUUGUAUAGUUCGGAAGUAUUAGAUGUCAUGUAUACAGAUUUUCCAGAAAAAUAUGAAGAACUGAGAGAAUAUAUGAGACUUAAACACGCCAAAGAAUUAUCUAAUCGACAAAGAGCAUUGAUGACAAUAAGUUCAAAUAAUGAUGGGUCAAAGUUAGAUUUACGUGAUAGAGCUAUGGAAGCUGUAGCCAAUUGGAAUGCCAAUUUAAACAAGUCACGUCUAGAAUCUCGUAAGUGUUCAAUGGAUAUGCAAACAUUUAUUGUACAUUAUCCAAAAAAUAAAUGUAAGAAAAUGGCUAUUCCUAAACCUAAAAUUGGCAGUUAUCCAUUGGCUUUACUACCUGGACAAUUCUGUGAUUACUACGCAACAUACUCUAGUGAAGAUUUACGUUACUUGCCAAUGAACACUGUUAUGUAUGGUCCUUUGAAAUCUGUAGAUAAAGACUUUCCUGUUUCAUUAAGCAGCCAAUCUGAAUCUGAAGAUAGCUCUUCUGACGACUCUAGUGAUAGUGAUGAUUCAAUUGACGUUGACAACAAAUCUGACAAAAAUUGUUUGGAGUAUGGUCCGAGCGAUAAAAAAGGAGCUGAAUGCAAACUAUGUUUUGGCACUGCAGAUAAGAAUAAAAUAGGAUCGGUCGAACCAUUGAUUCAUUGUUUUAAAUGUUUAACAAUUUAUCAUCCAACAUGUUUGGAUAUGACAUUGGAGAUGAUUCCAUACAUAAAACGUUACAAUUGGCAAUGUAAUGAGUGCAAAUCUUGUGCUCAGUGUAAAGAAGUGGCUGAUGAAGAUAAAAUGUUAUUCUGUGACCUUUGUGAUAGAGGGUAUCAUAUUUAUUGUGUAGGACUCCGAAGAGUACCUGAAGGUCGUUGGCAUUGUCAAGAAUGUGCUAUGUGUAGUUCAUGUGGGGUUUCUGAUCCAGGACCAGGUGAUUCUAAAUGGUUUUACGAGUUUAAGAAAACUGAAAAAACUGGGUCAAAAGUCUAUUGUCGUACAUUAUGUGCUCCGUGUUCCAGGUCAUGGAAAAAAGGCCAUUUCUGCCCUAAUUGCAUGCGUUGCUAUCCUAUCAAAAACGUCGAGCGCAUGACACAGUGUAACAGUUGUGAUAGAUACUUACACUCAGAAUGCAUCAGUGAAAGUACAUCAAUUAAUCAAGUUGUUACAUGUACUAUAUGUGAGGAAAAAGCAGUUUCUAGAUUAUUAACUACAGUGCCUAGAUCCUUGAUUAAAGUCUGAAUUAAAUUGCUAGGUAUAGCCUAUUCUUAACACAUUAAAAAAUUUGUUUAGAUUUUUUUCAUCUAUUUUAUAGAGUUAAUUCAAAUCCAUUUUUUGCUCAUUAACAUGUAAUUAAAAAUUAAUUGGUUUUAUUUUAAUAUUUUCGUUAAAAAUUGUAUAUAUAUAUUAUUUAAAGGUAAUUGUAAAUACUAAAUAAAUAAAUAAUAGCUGGACUAUUGAUCAAAUCUAAUUGAAUUUAGCAAUAAAACGAUUAUAAAUGAAUCCAUGAGUAAACAAAAUACUUAAAAUAAACUAAUUUAUGAAUCUUGUGAACAUUGAUUAAUUAGUCAUGAUAAAAUCUAAUUAUAUUUGUCAGUUGUUGCCAUAAUAUAUCAAUAAUAUUCAUAAGGAUAUGUAUUUAUAUAUAUAUAUUAUUGAAUAAUUUGUCAAUAUUACAAUUUGUAUUUGAUAAGUAAUUUAUAUUAAAGUAUUAUUCAAUUAACAUGUUGAACAUAAUAAUAUGUACAAAGAAUAAUUGUUUAAAAUUAUUGCAGUUAUAUACCUAAGAUAAAUAUAAUAGAUUGCAUUAAUUAUACAAAUGCUAACAAAUUAGUAAUAACCAUGUUGUGCAUGUGUUUUAUUAGAAAUCUACACUACCUAUAAAUCUUAAUUAUUGUACGUUUAUUUUUAAUUUAUUUUUGUAUAUAAAAUUAACUUUGAUUGCUUUCUAGUUUUGGGUAAUUACUAAUUGAUGCAACUUGAUUUCACAGUUUUUUUUUAAAGUUUUGUAAAUUAUAUAUGUGUUGUACGCAUUGUUGAAUAAUUUAUUUUAUUUUACCGAUUAAAUAAUAUUAUAAUUAAAUAUAAUUUAUUUAUUAUUUUAUUUUUUUUUUUUUGCAAAAAUAAUAUUAUAAACUAAUACACUUUUGGUUAGAUUAAUAGUGUUUUUUUUUUAUAAUAAAUAAUAAUAUUUUCUAUGAAAAUAUAACUGUAUGCAAUUAUCUUAGUGUACUUUUAGAUAUUUUAAGUAAAAAAAAAUUGAUAGAUUUCAAACACUAUGUAUAAUAAUUUUUUUUUUAAAUAUAAAUAUAUGAUUUACCUCAAGUAUAAUUUUUCUUUAAAAUGUUAAUGUUAUACAUAUAAUAAAAUAUUCCUAACUUUUGAAUAAAUCUCUGGUUGGUAGAUACCACACAGUGGUGAAUUAAGGUUUUUGACUCGAGGCUAAUGGUAAUUAUUUAACCUGGGGUUAUUAACUCUAGGAGGUCUGCAUCCCCUCAUCCAUAUUUCUUAGCUUAUUAUAACUUAUUAUUUAUGAUUUGGUAUAAUUUAUUAACAUGAUAAAUACAAAACUAUUAUAUAUAACAUAUUCAUUUAAAGUUUAAAUGUAUUACUUAUUAAAUAUAAUAAAUUUAAGUGUAAUUUAAA